AGGGAGUUAAGAAAGAUCAGACUGCGAAUCAGAGAAAAGUAGUACAAGAAGCCAACAGGAACCUGCCUUCGAGGUGUAAGGCAUCUUACAGAAUGAAGUUCUCUUUCAACAUCUACUUUCUUGGAUGGUGGCUGACCAGGCAGUGGCAAUUAUCUAGAGGACAAAAUGACUACAAGCCUUCCAUCUCUGUGAGACCCAGCAACGUCGUCCCCUUGGGGGAAGCAUUUUCCAUCAGCUGCACGAGUAAAAUGAACAUGGAAGUACAGUUCUUUCUGUACAGAAGUCAGUCACUUAGUCCCGUGAGAAGAUCUCAGAUGGCAUACCACGAAACUUUAUUUCAUUUUACUGAUGCUACAUUGAUAGAUGGGGAAAUAUACUAUUGCACGUAUUGCUUCUUCAUUAAUAGAAGGUACACCUGCUCAUACCACAGUGAUAAAGUAAAGAUCACAAUAAAAGGACAGCUUUAUCCCAAACCUUCCAUCUCAGUGAGUCCAAGAAACAUGAUCACCGUGGGGGAAAAUGUCGACAUCCACUGUAAAAUUGAAAAGUUUAUUCAAGCAGAGUUCUACUUAUUGAAAGAAGAUUCAUCUCUUCAUUUUAUUCUGAAGACAGCUGGGAAAGAGGCUACAUUCCCUUUUAUCGCAGUUAAUAAAUUGGAUGGAGGACAUUACCGAUGUAAUUAUUGCAACAAAUCAACCUUCUAUGAAUUAUGUUCAGAUUACAGUGACCAAGUACCUAUCAGUAUAAGAGAUCCCAGUCUCCCCAAACCGUCCAUCCAGGUGAAACCCAGAGAAAGCAUUACUCCAGGACAGAAUAUCACCAUUGAGUGCCAAGGCCCGAAGAGUGAUCUGAACUUCUCCCUACACAAUGCCAGGGACCUGCUAGCAUCACAGAUUACAGCACCAGACAAGAACUCAACUGAGUUCCCUUUCUUUAUGGUGGACUUCAAAAAUACAGGAAACUACACCUGUCAGUAUCAUUUAAUGGGAUAUCCUUUUGUGUGGUCAGAGCCAAGUGACCCUGUGGAGUUGUUAGUGAAAGAAGAUACAUUUCCAGAAUUCACGACACUAAUCUGGGUGGGCACUACUUCAGGUCUUGUCUUGCUUCUCGUCCUCCUCCUGUUGAUCUUUCUCCUGUACCAGAAAAGGAGGAAAGGUCCUAUUGCCGAGGAAAGAAAUGAACUAGUGGAUCCACCCCAAAAUGUUUAUGCUGAAAUAGCUCCCUGUGAAAUCACCUAUGCUGAACUAAAUUUUGACUCACUCAAGACCAAGCAAGAGACCAAACCUGAGGAAGUCACUAAACCAGGUGUUUAUGCUUCAAUAGCCCUGCAUAAAGCCCACUGGCAUUAACAGAGAGGCUGACUCAGGAAUGUAAGUUCUGCUAGGACCUUGGCAUACCACUCCAUGGAUACGCAGCAUAAGGCCUACAGAGGGAUGUAACUCCAAAGCAUUGCUACCAACAUGUUGUGGUCAGAUCUCAGCAUUUUCUAGACCUUCUAAAACACGUAUGCCUCCCGGAGACCCUGUUGUUUAAAAGUUUUCUUAAUUUAGAUGAGCUGGAAAAAAAUUGCCUGAAACCACAGAGCAUGGGGAAGGGGAAUAAAGAGGAGAAGGAACAAGUUUUACUCAUAUUCUGUACAAACACCAUUUAGUACUGUGAACUCAAAUGACCCAUUUCAUAAGUAUAUUUCACAUGACAGGUAGUCAUGCAGAAUUACAACUGCGGGAUACACAGCGAUGACUGAGUUGCUUUUCGCACAUAUAAACCAUAGCUUAAUUUUCUACCACCAUUUAAGGGACAUUUUCCCAAUUACACACUAGGGGGUUUGUAAUUCUAACCUUCAGCAAACCUCACAAAGAGUUUAGUUCUUAUUAAUAUGCAUAUAUGAAUUAUACUUCAACAUUUGGAUUUAUAAAAGAUGGAUUAUCACUUCAAGUUCUUUAGCACUUCAGAUGCUAAAGUGGGGGGCGGGGGUUGCUAGAAACCAAGAGUCUGAGGCCAGACUGGUCUGUUACAAUACACAGUACACAGGGGUGAAGUGCUUUUCCUGCACCACAGAUGCUAGAUUCCUUCUUUUCUAGUUCUUGCAGUAUCACAGGUUCUACUUUAAACUUGCUUAACGACCACUUGUUUGAUGGUCUGGAAUUACAACAGCCUUGGGAAAAGUGCUUUAUGA